AUGACAUCCCAGUCCUCAAAUUUUGCUUCGCCGGAAUUUCUACUUCUCGCAACUCAUAUUAUUACUUGCUUCGAAAUUCCAUUAUGCAUUUACGGAGCAUACUGUAUUCAAUUUAAGACCCCUGUUAAGAUGAAGUCUGUGAAAUGGGUCAUGUUAAAUGUGCAUUUUUGGAGCACCGUAUCCGACAUCACUAUUUGCUUAAUUGGUGUACCAUAUCUGCACAUACCGUGCGUUGCAAUUCACGUGCUCGGAUUCUUCGAUGCUCCUGGAGAAAUAUUAUAUUGUCUUCUGACAUGUCUGUUAGCUCUCGGAGUUUCCCUAAUCGCCAUUUACGAAAACCGAUUCUACGCUACCAUUGGUCAAAACUCCAUCUGGCACCACCUCCGAAAAAUCUAUCUUCCACUAAUGUGCAUUUUUCCUCCUAUCUCCUCUCUUCCCGUCUGGACAAUCCUGCCGUCACAGGAAAAUGCUCGACCAUGUGAUGAAACUUUAUUUCUGGAGAAUAUUCAUAUGGUCAAUAAGAAAAUAUUCAUUUUAUCUGUUGAUCCUUUAGUUAUUGUGUUAUGGGGCGUUGUUUGUUCAUGUAUCAUCACUAUACCUAUCAUUUCAUUUUUCACUCUCACAUUCUUAAAGCUUCUGGAGAGACAGAGAAAUCAUAAGUAUUCAUUUCGAACAAUUCAAAUGCAGAAGAAUUUUCUGUUGUCCAUGUCAAUCCAGUUUGGCUCGUUUCUCAUGCUCAUUAUAAUACCCUUAAUUCUAUUGCAUAGCUCUGUCAUUUUCUGGUUUCAUUCCCAAGUUCUUAAUAAUUUCAUCACAAUCAUGUUCUCAUCAUUCGGCACUGGAUCCCCUGUUGUCAUGAUUUUUGUGUACAAACCGUAUAGGCAGUUCACGUUGUCAAUUUUUCGCAGGAAUAGGAAAAAAGAGAGCCAGAUAGAUACUAUACAAGUUCAAAGUACUAUUUAA